AUGUCUUAUUCAUCAAGACAUCAGUCUUCGAGGAGGGCGUACCCACAUACCAGCGACUCCGGUCACGCAACCUAUGAAGACUAUGAGGACUACUCUCAUCCUCUGCCCCAACAUGCCCUCUCAUCUCAUCAGAGCUACAGAUCGCAUGUUCUCCAUGAAGGUCUCAGAAGCCAUCAUUCUUAUGUCAGCUCUGAUUAUCACGAUCCUCGCAACAUUUCCAUGGCGAGUCGCAAAGUUACAGUGACGGAGUAUCGAAUCCACACCAGCAGCGGUGAGUCCGCGACUUCUCAUCAUCGUCGUAGGGAGUCCACUGCUUAUGACAGUCAUCGGUCUACAUCCGGCUACCGACAGAGGCGGCACGCUCCUUCUUGUUCUUCGUCAGACCCAGAUGAUAAAGACGAACGGUAUUCCUCUGACGAAGGUCAUAGAGAUCCAACAUGGCAACCCUCAGCUGAAGAGCGGCGAAGGCAUCCCAGCAACGCACAUGCAAAACACUCGCAGCCAAAGGAGCCUAAGCCAAGAUAUACAGACGGUCGUCCCAGCAGAUCAAAAAGCCACAGCAAUCGCAAAUAUGCAACGAACGAUGAUCGCAGUCAGGGAAAUCCAGAGAGCGGCAGCAGUCGCCGUGAAGAAAGUCCCCACAGCAGUAGAAGCGAAAGUCGCCGGGGACAAAGCUUCAGAACCAAGAGGAACGAAGCAUCUCAUGGGGAUCACGAGGAGAGAUAUCAUCAGGAGGUGCCACGUGUAAAGGCCAAAGAAGAUUUACCAGAUCAUUACGCUACUUUAAAAAUCGGCCCUCACGCUACGGAUAAGGAGAUCAAGAGCGCUGCCAAGCGCAGACGUGUCGAAGUCCAUCCAGACAAAUUGAAGAAAGAGGGGAUGUCUGACUCUGAACGUGUCAAAAUCGAUGCGGCAGCCGCCAUGGUAGGCCACGCAGCUGAUGUACUACAAAACCCGGAGCAGAAGUUGAGGUAUGACGUCAAAUUGUACGCGGCAAAGGGCUGGAAAUGGCAUGGCAAGCAGAGUACAGCAGUAUACAUAUAUGGCUAG